AUGCAAUGUUUUAUUUGUAAGCAGGCUAAUCACAUUGCAAGUAACUGUCCUAACUCAACACCUGUGGAUCCUGUGGAAUCGGAAACUACCGCUUAUGCUGAUAAUCCUGUGGAAUCUGAAAUUAGCGCCCAUGCUGAUACUCCUAUGAAAUCUGAAAUUACCGCCCAUGCCAAUACUUCUGCGGAACAAAGUACUUCCUCUCCUACAGAUUUUAGCUCUUCCCCAGAGACUCUACAAAAUUUGAAUGAUAGUCUCCGCACUGGCCAAAAGAGAAUUCAUCCUAGCUCCAGUGACCAAAAUAGCCCUCCUGAAACCCCUGAAAUUGAUCUUCUCCCCCCGCAGACCCCAUCCAAUACUUCCACCACAAACUCCCCUCCCAAAAAAUAUCCCAAAAACCCAAAAAUCUGUUACGAAACCCACACUAAAGAAGGCUAA